UCAGUCAGAGAUCAGGGGGAGGAGUACAGCACUACACUCUCUCCAGUCCAACAUUACUCUCAGUCUCUGCUGAGCUCAUUUCUGAAGAGGGACACCUUUUUACCCAACAAACAAAACGGGAAUGACACACAGCAUCUGAACUCCAGCACUUUUUUUGGGAGUCAUUUUUUUUGUGGAACAGACAGAACUGUCCUGCGUUCAUUUGAGCUUUAACUUCUGACGCUUGCUUUAAAAACACCCAAGGAACUGUACUUUAACUUUUUUCUUUUUCUUUUCUUUCUUUUUUAUUUUUCUUCUUUUUUUUUUACAUUCAGCGCCGCUUUAUUUUAUUUCCCCCUCUGGAUUCUUGAGUGUUUUGCCGGUCGCGCGCUCUUGCUGCUGUUGACCAAACACUCUCGCGCGUGUUUGGGGUGCGCGCGAGCUGAAAGUAUACGGGGGUUUCUGUUGCACGCGUUCGCUUUCCGGGCGUUUGUAGGGUGAGGAGGACUUUCAAUCACCCGAGAAAUGCCGCAGUUGUCAGGUGGAGGAGGCGGCGGGGACCCGGAGCUCUGCGCCACCGAUGAAAUGAUCCCGUUCAAAGACGAGGGAGACCCGCACAAGGAGCAGAUCUUCGCGGAGAUCAACCACUCCGAGGAGGAGGGAGACUUAGCGGAGAUCAAGUCAUCUCUGGUCAACGAGACAGAAAUCAGUCCCAACAGUAACAAUCACGACGCAGCUAGACAGUCCCAAAUAACAUCAGACUCUUACCAUGAGAAGCACAGGGACCAUCCGGAUGAUGGAAAGCACCAGGACAUGUACAGCAAAGGCCACCCAUACCCCAGUUACCCAGGAUACAUCAUGAUGACCAAUAUGAACAAUGAUUCCUACAUGAACAACGGUUCUCUCUCGCCUCCCAUGCCCAGAACGUCAAAUAAGGUGCCGGUGGUUCAGCCGUCCCAUGCCGUUCACCCUCUCACCCCUCUGAUCACAUACAGUGACGAGCACUUCGCCCCCGGCCCACACUCGGGACACCACCCACAGGACAUCAACCCCAAGCAAGCAGGUAUGCCCAGGCAUCAUCCUGGACCAGACAUUCCCAAUUUCUACCCUCUCUCCCCUGGGGGAGUCGGACAGAUGACCCCUCCACUGGGAUGGUUCUCUCAUCACAUGGUACCAGGCCCUCCUGGACCCCAUGCCACGGGAAUCCCCCAUCCCGCCAUUGUCAACCCGCAGGUGAAACACGAACCGCAUCACGACACAGACCUGAUGCACAUGAAAUCUCAGCAUGAGCAGAGAAAGGAGCAGGAGCCCAAAAGACCUCACAUCAAGAAACCUCUAAAUGCUUUCAUGCUGUAUAUGAAAGAGAUGCGUGCCAAUGUGGUGGCCGAAUGCACGCUGAAGGAGAGCGCCGCGAUCAAUCAGAUCCUCGGCCGGAGGUGGCAUGCUUUAUCUCGGGAAGAGCAAGCUAAGUAUUACGAAUUAGCCCGCAAGGAACGGCAGCUCCAUAUGCAGCUUUACCCAGGAUGGUCUGCCAGAGACAAUUAUGGAAAGAAAAAGAAGCGGAAGCGGGAAAAGAUCCAGGAACCUGCCCCAGGAGGAAAACGGACUUCUUUUUCCUCUUGCAAAGCGAAGACAGCAGCUACAGGCCCCCUUUUAGAGAUGGAAGCCUGUUAGACUCCUCAACCUUUCACCCCUCCGUCACCUCUUGACCCCUGAGGAAUAUCCAGAGGGUCCCGGUCCUUGAAUCUGCUCCUCGGCUGCAGGCGCUGCUGUAGAGACAUUGAACUGAAGAACAGACAAUCACCAACACAGGCCCUCACGCAGACCCGUGAAUACCGUUUUUUUUUGGUUUUUGUUUUUAUUACUGUCCUGAAUUCACUCCCGAAGCCGAAGGCGUUGCACUGAUUAUGUUCCUUGACCGUUUGUAAAGCGCACAUAUGGCCACAUGUACACAAACACACACGUUCCUACACCUGUCCCUAAGUUAUUAUAAGUUAUUUGGCACCUCUGUGUGUUCACGACGUCACUCCCUCACUUCCUCUCUUGCCCCGUAAAAUGUAGCAUCGCGGGGGCCCGACACGCCACACAAACGUUCUAUCGCAAGAUUUUAGGGAUUACGCGUUGCCCUGGAAACAGUCUCCGUAGGUUGCGUUUUGCAUUUUGACACAUUGGUGCAAAAAGGGUCGAUGUUUUGAUUUCUCCUCAACAUCUUGGGUUCAAGUUUAUUUUGAAUGCUUUUUUAUUAUAAUUCUUUAUUUUCAUUUUUCGGUGUAUAUUUUAAGUGAUUUUUUUUAUCAUUAUUUAUAUAUAUAUAUAUAUAUAUAUAUAUAUAUAAAUAAUGGUAUACGAAAUAAGCUUGGAGACAGGAAAGCCAUUUUUCUUGUUAAAGCGUCUUGCAGAAAUAACGUUUGAAAGUCUUCUUUUUGAUAGCUAUUUGUAACGGAUAUUGACUUCUCAGUCUCUACUUGCGCAGAUGUAAAAUAAUGCUCAAUGUGUACUUUUUAAAAAGAGAUGUCUGGAUGUCACUGUUUCUUGGUAUUUUUGCAGGCAACAUUAGAACAAAGGUGAAAGAGUACAGUAGGUACCCAGAGGCCUAUAUUUUAUUGAUCUAAAUUGACAAAUGAAGCAGAUAUAUCUAUAUAUAUUUACCCCAGCACUUGGCAGUCUUUCUUUAAUUGCAAUGUACCUCUGUCUCUCUGGUAGGUAAUAGAGUGGUCUUUUACCAUGUUUAUUCCAUGCAAACAUUUCCACAUUUUAUUCUUUUUAAUUAUUCUCUUUUAGCAUUCUCAGAUGUUGUUUUUUUUACAUUCAUUGUCAUAUUUUGAAUCGUUAACUUGGUGUAGCAUUUUGCUUCCAAGUGGUCACAUUCGAACUGUUUCAACAUGUCUUUUUUUAUGAAAAUAAAUAGGCAUCUUUGACUGAAAACGA